AUGGCGGUCCUCAGUCCUUUACUCACGGCCAUGAUGGCUCUCUCGCACAGUGCAUCCACCCAAUUCAGGGCGCCUGCCGAGUCCGACAUUCAAAUCGGGACCAUCAUGAGCUGGCCCACUGCAGAGUCCACCAUGGACGACACAUCUCCAGACCCCAAUUCCCAAGUGCGCGACACUCGGCAAGAGAUUGCCGACAUCGCCAAAGCCGUCGCAAAGCACCAAGCAGUGGAGAUGUUCGUUCGGGACCCUGAAUUAGGAGAGCCUGCUCGUGAUAUCCCAGACACGAACUUGGAGACUGCGCGAGAGAUGUUGGGCAGCGUCAAGAAUGUGACUCUUCACGUUACGCAAAACGUCCACUCACUAUGGGCUCGAGAUACUGGUCCUGUCUUUGUACGGUCUCUCAAUGGAACCGUCAAGAACACAUGGGGUGCAAGUGAUGAUCCCGGUCUUGGUUUCGAGAGGAAGAACACAUCCGGCGAAGUCGUCGGUUUGCUCCUCAAUUACAACAACUGGGGCCGUAAGACUCUCCCAAACACAGACUCCUGGUUUGCUGCAUAUGCCUCUCAAGCGCUGAACAAAUCCUCACGCACGGCUCCCUUCAUUGCUGAGGGCGGCGGCAUCGAAGUGGAUGGAGAAGGCACCUUGCUCGCCUCGGAGUCUUCGAUCCUGAACCCCAACCGCAACCCCGGUGUCGACAAGCCGACGAUGGAGCGCUACUUUGCCGAGUUCCUGGGAAUCGAGAAGACGAUUUGGAUACCCGGAUUCCGUGGAGGUGAUAUAACAGACGAUCACAUCGACUCCAUCGCACGCUUCGCAGCGCCGGGGACUGUUCUCCUCAGCAAAGCUUUCGAUAACGGGGAGGAUGGUGCUCUCGACGACUACUAUGACAUAAAAGACAUCCUCAGUAAAGCAACAGAUGCCAAGGGCAGGAAACUCAGAGUCAUCGACGUUCCGGAACCGGAUCCAGUCAAGGUGCUUGGUGAGGAUUAUACCCCUGAGCUCGGCACGGUGUCAUAUGUCAACUACUUGGUCGUCAAUGGAGCGGUGAUUGUGGCGAAGUUUGGGGAUGACGAGUUUGAUCGCGAGGCGGCGAGGAUUAUUGGCGAGCAGCAUCCUGGGAGGGUGGUGGAGCAUGUUCGUCUGCAUCAGUUGGCGACGCAGGGCGGGGGGAUUCAUUGUGCUACGCAACAGAUUCCUGCUUGA